AAUUACUAAAAUUCAAAUACGUAAAUAGUAUAUGUAAACCCACCAUCAUCACAAGUGGAAAUGGAUGUUUGUACACCCGUACGGGUGACUUAUAUUGUUGAACCAUAGUUAAAUAAACUCUUCUUAUAAAUUCGCUGCUAACCUAGAUGUCAGCGAGUUAAGGAACUAAAACAAUACAAACUAAUUGAAUUGAUUGAAAUUCAUUAUAUGUGCGGCAAUGGUAUACCCACUGGUAUAAACAAAGUUCAUAGGUUACCAUAAGUCAGUCUUGCAUCUGCGUUUUAUCGUGAUUCUCAGUGUUUGUGAUACCACGCGUGGAAAAUAUUUUAACACAAAACUAUUCAAGGUUACGUAAAUUAUCGAAUGAAACACGGCAUAAUCAGUUUUAUGCACUUUGCUAUACAUCAAUCUGGAAUUUAACUUAAAUGUCAUCUAUCGAACUAUGGAUAUAAAUAUUAUUAUUUUCUUGUAGAUGCCGUUACAGGUCAAGUUUCCAUGGUGGAUAUGCAUGAAUGCGCAUGCUGGAUUUUUUGUCACAGAAGAGGUUAUUUUAUCGAGAACUUAAACUGUGUCGCAAUUUUUGACGUUCACAACCUCCAAAUAUUCCCGCAACAUGGCGCCACUUAUGCGUCUGCGCACUAAAUUCUAUAAAUGUCAGCCAUGUUGCAGUGGAAAGCAGUGGAAAGUGGAACGCCUCAGCCGCGUUAUUAAGUUCGAUGACAGUGUCUUAAACUCUCAUAAAAUUGUAACAGGAGUUUUAAUCCAACAAAAUUUGUUCAUGUGUUAAUUACAGUAAUGUUUCUACAACACAUAUUUACAUCAUAUUAAAAAGAUUAUUCACAAACAUUUUGGCAAGGUUAUAUUAUACUUUCCGUACUACGGAAAGUUUUUGGCGCGCAUUUGUCUCUUUAUCGCAACAAUAAAAAAUGGCUCUUGAUAUUAAACAUCUAUAAUUACCGUUCUCUAAGACGUCAUCUUAGAUUUAUCUUCAGAUUAAAGAUGCAGCCGAGUUUAUCGAUCUUGUCGAGCGCGAAACCAAGAAUGUCGUGUACGACAUAAACUUUGUGUUUUGAAACGAAAUACCAUGGUGUCGUAAGGUAAUUUCAAAUUUGUAGGGCAACAUUUCAGAUAAUUAAAGAUGGGAAUCGGUAAGAGUCAAUUUACCGAGGAGGAACUGCAAGAUUAUCAGGAUCUGACGUAUUUCACGAAGAAAGAAGUUUUACAUGCACAUCAAAAGUUCAAGGCUCUCGCUCCAGAGAAAGUUGGUCAUAAUAGAAAUGCCAAGCUACCAAUGUCCAAGAUUUUACAAUAUCCUGAAUUGAAAGUAAAUCCUUUCGGUGACAGAAUUUGCAAGGUAUUCAGCUCCAGCCAAGAUGGGGAUUGUACCUUCGAAGAUUUCUUGGACAUGAUGUCAGUUUUCAGCGAUGGAGCUCCAAAAGCUGUGAAAGCAGAGCAUGCUUUCAGAAUAUUUGAUUUCGAUGGUGACGAUAUGCUCGGUAUUGGGGAUCUGAGACAAGUAGUUGAUAGACUUACUGCACCUCAAAGAUUGAACGAAACAGAUAUGCAACAAGUCCUUCAGUAUAUACUCGAUGAAGCAGACUUAGAUGACGAUGGUGCACUAAGUUUUGCAGAAUUCGAACAUAUUAUAGAAAAAAGCAACGAUUUCUCCAAGAGUUUUCGUAUACGUUUGUGAAAUACCAAACACUAUAAAUGAAUGACUAACAUAAGACUGAACAUUACGUUAGUGUAAAGAUCAUUUUAACGUAAUGAUAGGCCUAAUCAUAUUUCCAUUCUGUAGGUAAACUUAAGAAUUUAGAAAGUAUAUAUGCACAUAUACCAUUGACUCUUUAAGGCCUACAAAAUAAUACAAACUCUAUAAGUCGCUCUUCUUCAUUUGAAGGAUAUUAUACAAUUUUACGAAGAAUAUCUAGAUCUGUUAAGUAGACGAAUUUAAUUCAAAUACUUAACGAACCUGUUGAUUGUGACUUGUAUUUUUAUGAUUGUAAUGUUACUAUGCCAAAGUGUUCUUUAUAUCUUAUACAACUUUAUUUAUUUAAAAUGUUAUCAUUUUUUACCACUUAUUAAAGAAAUGUAAUAAGCACGAACAUUAAAUAUCUUUCCUCUCGAAGAAGAAGAUUUUCAAUGGGAAUAGCGCGCGCCUCAUGAGAGCCUCAUUAAUAAUAAUAAGCGUGAUAAAAUAUUAUCACAAUUUUUUAACGAUAAACUAUUUCCAUUUUGGUAAGUGAAGGAUUAAAUGUGAAUUAUCUUUGAACAGUUUAUUUCUGACUAACUUACUGAAUGCGAAAUCAUUAAGCAUACAUAAUUUUUCAUUUUAUUAUCAUUAGAUUUACAAUGAAAUAAAGUUGAUUCGUAAACGAUCGAAAUUA